CUGUAAGCCUAAUUCCUCUUCCUGGAGUGCUGGCUUUGCAGUAGCUCAUCCCCCAUGGAGAUUGUUACCGAGUUACCGGACUCUGACUCGCGGCUGAUGGCGGCUCCUGCGCGGAGUGAUCAUGUAGCUCUGCUGCUGGGAAAUGUGCUACACGUCUGGGGCGGUAUACAGUAUGUAGAUGGAGAAGAAGUUGUGUUACCCAGUGAUGAGAUCUGGCUCUACGAUCUGGAAAGUGGAAUCUGGGCUCGCAUGGGAAUGGGUGGAGAGUUGCCUCCUCUGCUGUCUCAGACUUGUGGCUCACUUCUCAGUGGUAUGCUUUAUGUUUUUGGAGGCAGAGACAGCGAUGACUACACCAACCAGAUGUAUUGCGUAGACUUGCAAGAUGGAAAAUACACCUGGAGGAAAUUGAGUGCCUGUGUGGGAACCCCUCCUUCACCCAGAGACAGACACUCCUGCUGGGUCUACAAGGACAGACUCAUCUAUUUUGGCGGAUAUGGAUGGAAAACUGUUCGAGAGAUCAACAACUAUAAAAGUUUCACAGUGGAUGAGACAUCAUGGGCGACGAAUGGCCGUGUGUUUUUCCGCUUUUGGGGUUGGAAUAACGAGGUACAUAUAUUUGCAUCCGACUCAGCCACAUGGACUGAACCCCAAAUUCAGGGCUGGCCACCUGAACCAAGGGCUUCCCAUGCUAGUGCCACUCUUGGCAGCAAGGGCUACGUCUGUGGUGGAUUAGAAACACAGACUAUAGACAUCCACUGUUUAGACCUGGACACGUGGACAUGGACACAAAUCGAGCCUUUGGGCCCUUCCCUCCCAAUGGGCCGCUCCCUGCACACGCUCACCCCCACCUCACACAACACGCUGUUCCUCUUCGGUGGCCUCAGCAUAUCUGGACAGGUUCUCUGUGAUGGCUGGGAAUUUGACACUGUAACAAGAGAAUGGAGAGAGAGGCCACAUCCUCACAAAGAUAAACCCAGGUUGUGGCAUGCAGCAGUACAGGGAAAGGACAAUGAUGUGGUGGUUUAUGGAGGAAGCCGAGACUUCAUCAUAGUCAUGGAUUCGGUUACAGUGCUCAGAUCUCCUUCACAGUGUCACUGUGGAGAUGUGCUGGUGUUUCAGAGCCAGCCUUAUUCACUCGCCAGAUUAUGUGAGGACUGCAUAGGCAAACAUGGAACCAUUUUACGGGAGAAGGUGUCAUCUUUACCACCCAGAGUUCAGGAGACCCUUCACAAGAGGAUAUCUUACUUCCAAUCAGAAAUGCAGAAGCAACGUAGUUAUAUAUGAGCUCAUGUACAGGAGAAUUAUAGAGUCCAUUCAGGAUUUCACAGUUUUUUUUUUUGUCUGUGAUUGUUGCGGCCAGAAAUACUAGAUUUUUCUGCUGCUUUUCCCCAAAUUUGUGAUGCAGCUUGAGGAGUUUUUUUGUUCUUUUUCUGCAUAAAAUUACUUGAAUUGGCAAAAUUGCAAUUGCACAAUAUUGAAUCGCACGUGAUGUUUGUUGGUAAAUGAGACCUUUUAGCUAUAAUCAUGUUCGACACACACAUGAAUCGAAGAGUGCUGAAUGCAUGUGAUGACGUCACAUGACGUCUUGGCCCAAAUCUGCAGAAAAUCUACGGUAAUUCUGAAAAAUUACAAACUCCUUCGCAUAUUGUGGAGUUUGCUUGAUUUUGCAUUCAUUUCUGUGAUUGCAAAAUCAUGAAAUCCUAGAGGGACUGAUUGUAUUGGCUCGAUCAUGUGAGCAUUUCUGCUCCACUAACAUUCCUUUGUUUCAAAAGGACUUCUAAAGAACAUAUAUUUAUUGAAUUUUGUUAUACAGCAGGUUAUUGGAUAUUAAUAUUGUACAUUCUUAUUAGAAGUGUCUUCAACAACUUAUUAUUAUUGAAAUUAAGAGAUUUAAUUACUGAAUCUUUAAAUAUUUUUCUUCAGAUUUGUAUAAGGAUAUAGGUUCUUUAUGCUUUUUAAUGAGACAGAUUCUGGGUUGAUUUACACAUUAUAAUCUGAUCAUGAAAAAAAAUUAAAAUAAAUUAAUAAAGGAUCUAAACUAAUCAGGGAGUAUAAAUUUCUACACGUGAAAAGCCAACCAGAAUCUACUGUAAAAAGGGUGGAAAAGGAUUUUUAGCAUCCUAAAGGGCUUUCUUUUUGGAACCUUCUUCUGUUCUAACAUACAAACUUUAAAAGAAGCCUUUCAGAGGGAUCGACAUAACGCUAUAAAGUAUACACACCUCCUUUAACUGGUUUAAUCAUACGUUUAUUAUUGAAUAUAUUCAUAUUCAUGAAUUGGAAUGCUUUCUUACAAAAUAACAGUGGAAUGAUAUGUCACAUUUAUGCCAAUAUAUACUAAUAAAACCUGGAGUUUCUUCUUCUUUCAUGAUGACAUAAU